ACCCCUCACAUUAACGCCCUCCAUUUCUGUUCACUCAAACAAAUCUACAAAUCUCAAUCUCUCACCGUCUCUCUCUCAAAUCAAACAGUUUUGAAUCCUCUGUUACGAAGCAUCAAAUUUUCUAAUCAGUCUUAUUCGAUGGCCGAUUCACAGAGAAACAGCAGCUCCAGGAUCCAGCAAAGCCGGUUACAGCGGCGGAGGCCGGCGACGCUGCAGGUAAACCGGGCGCCAGAGUGGAACGUGGCGAUUCCGCUUCUUUCACCGCUUGCUACUUCCCCUAAGGCGGUGGAAAUAAUGACAGAUCUACCGCGGCAGAAGGAGCCGCAGCAGCGUAUGGAGCCGGAGAAGCCGGUGGCGUUCAAGAAGUGGCAGCAUCCGGCGGCUCCGUUCUUCUACGAGCCGCCUCAGUUAAGGCAGGCCUUUGCGCCUGUAUAGCUAUAUAGAAUAAUAAUUGAUUUGUAGAGGCGUAAGGUAGUGCUAAGUUAGAUCUGCAAAGUUAAUUAGUCAAGACAAAAGAGAAAAGAAAAUAAAGGCAGAAACAGAACAAAGAUCUGCUGCCUGGUGGUGACUUUCUGGACAAUUGUACACAGCUUUUCCUUCUUUUUCUAUGUUAAUAUUAUGAUUUCUGUGCAUUUUUUAAACCCAAUGAGAAACUGCACCAACUA